CAGAGAUGCGGAGAAUGCUGAGAGAAUGUUUCUUUAAGACCCAUUACCUUCCAAUCCGGCGGAGGGGGAGUCUGUGCUAAGGUGGCGUAUCGUCUCUCUCUCCCCCCUUCCUCCGUUUACAUGUGGGAAAAGAGGGGCCGAAAUAAAAUUUGAAAAAAAGAGAGAGAGAGAGAACACGCUCAGGGAGCUCUACUCCGGUUUUUUUUUUGGAUGAGGGGGGCUCGCACACCGAGGCAGGAUCCGCGGAGAUGGAGCUAAGGAAUAUUUAACGUCAAACAUGGACACUACAGGCUCCCCCCGAUGACUGUGCUCUUGCUGGCGGUGCCGUGAGGAGGAUUGCCUUGUGGACACAAUUUAGGAGCAGCAGCCCUCCUUUAUCCCUUUCUUUCCUAUAACCCCUUUCCCUUCCUCACCCUCCGCCAAUCCUAGCCACCCACAGAGCGGCUUCCCUGUAGAUACUUUCUCCUAUUGCAUAACAAGGAGACUCAUAAGCAUUCUGAUCAUUUACCAUGCAAGUCGGGACAUGUAAGCAAAGACAUACGAAGAAGUGAACAUAAAAGCGCAAUAAACACAGAUAAGAUGUAGAUGUAGACCAAAGCAAUGAUAUUUUUGGAAAACUGAAGAUGCAAAGGUUUAUAUUUUGUACAUCAAGUUUUAGUACAAGCUCGUAAAUAUUCCAAGGCACGACAACAGGCGUUUUGCACGUACAAUCCCCUAUUUAGUAAACCUGACACACACGCCACGGUCUCAUGAUGAUGUGCGAGGUGAUGCCCACCAUAUCUGAGGAUGGGCGAAGCGGGACAGGCGGAGGCCCUUCCUCGCCCGCCGGGGCCGGAGUCGGAGGCCCCGGCGGUGCGAUGGGCGGAGGAGGGUUCGGUGGCAGGGAGGCCAGAAGCGGAGGAGACGAAGGAGGCAGCACGGGAAACCUGGAGUCCCUAAUGGUUAACAUGCUGACAGAGAGGGAGAGGCUGCUGGAGAACCUGAGGGAGACUCAGGAUAGCCUGGGCACAGCUCAGCUCCGCCUCCGCGAGCUGGGCCAUGAGAAGGAGUCACUUCAGAGGCAGCUAUCGAUCGCCCUGCCACAGGAGUUUGCUGUGUUGACUAAAGAGCUGAACGUUUGCCGGGAGCAGCUUCUAGAGAGGGAGGAGGAGAUUGCCGAGCUCAAGGCGGAGAGAAACAACACACGUUUGUUGCUAGAACAUCUAGAGUGUCUAGUGUCUCGCCAUGAGCGCAGCUUGAGGAUGACAGUGGUGAAGAGACAAGCCCAGUCCCCUGCAGGGGUCUCCAGUGAGGUGGAAGUCCUCAAGGCCCUUAAAUCCUUGUUUGAGCACCACAAGGCCCUGGAUGAGAAGGUGAGAGAGAGGCUCCGCGUGGCCCUUGAGAGGGUGUCCAUGUUAGAGGAUCAACUUGCAGCAUCUUCUCAAGAGGUAAUCUCUUUAAGAGACCAAAUUAAAAGACGUCAACAAGGGGUGGACGGCGGGAAAGAUCGACUACCCAACGGUCCCUCCUCUGGCCUGGAGGAUGGGGAGCUGGAAAGACAGAGAGAAGGAGAGAUAGAGCGGCAGAGAGCCGAGCUCUCCCAGCUGAGGGAGAGGCUGGCUCUCAUGUGCCGGCAGGUUGGGGAAAUAGAGGAACAGCUUGCGGCCGCCAGGAGGGAGGUGACGAAGUCGGAGGAGGCCAAUCAGAAGCUCCAAAGAGAAGUGAAAGAGGCUCUUUGCCAAAGAGAAGACAUGGAGGAAAGAAUCACAACACUAGAAAGGAGGUACCUCAGUGCCCAGAGGGAGGCGACUUCUCUCCACGAUAUUAAAGAUAAGCUAGAAAAUGAGCUGGCCAGCAAGGAGUCCCUGCACAGACAGAGUGAAGAGAAGAACAGGCAACUACAGGAACGUCUGGAUGAGGCCAAACAGAAGCUCCAGCAGACGCUACAGAGGGCUGAGACAUUACCUGAGAUUGAGGCCCAGCUUGCACAAAGAGUGGCUGCUCUCAACAAGGCGGAGGAGCGCCACGGAAACUUUGAGGAGCGUCUGCGGCAAAUGGAAGCUCAACUUGAGGAGAAGAAUCAGGAGCUGCAGAGGGCAAGGCAGAGGGAGAAGAUGAACGACGAACACAACAAACGCCUCUCAGACACGGUGGACAAGCUUCUGUCUGAAUCCAACGAGAGACUUCAGCUCCACCUCAAGGAGAGGAUGGCAGCGUUAGAGGAGAAGAAUGCUCUCUCUGAGGAACUGUCCAACAUGAAGAAAAUCCAAGAUGAUCUCCUUGCUAAUAAGGAGCAGCUCCUUGCUGAGCUGGAGCGAAUCCAACUGGAGCUGGAUCAGCUGAGAGGAAGGCCAGGCUCUUCAUAUUCCAGGGCGGGCAGCGUGAGCUCACUUCCCUCCACCCUUUUUCGAAGAUCUCUUCCAGGGAGCGCCUCGGAGCUGCGGUACCCCCAGGGUGGUGGCUCACUCCCUGCUGGCUACAGCAGCUCCUCUGGCGGGGUUGUGGUCAGGCGGGCACACCGCGGCCGGUGGGGGCCGUCUAGAGACGACAGUGGCAAGUAUGGAGAAUGGGACAGCGGCACUAUGCUGGGUUCUGGGUUUGAAGGCGGUGUGGAGGGAGGCUGCUCUGAUGACGAGGACGACAGGGAGACUCUUUUUGGGUCGGAGCUGCUCUCUCCCAGUGGACAGACAGAUGUACAGACAUUGGCCAUCAUGCUACAGGAGCAACUGGAGGCCAUCAAUAAAGAGAUUAAGUUGAUUCAAGAAGAAAAGGAGAGCACAGAGCUGAGGGCGGAGGAGAUCGAGAGUCGGGUCAGCAGCGUGGCCCUUGAUGCCUCAUCCCUUCCACCUUCCUCACUGGGAGGACGGGAUAGUGUUGGGAGAGGUUACAUGACUCCCUCCAUCACCUCCUCCACGUUGGCGUCUCCCUCCCCGCCCAGCUCUGGACAUUCCACCCCUCGUCUGCCCCAUUCACCUGCAAGGGAGAGUGAUAGACAGAAUAGCAAAGAGGGUGAAGAAUGUCGGGCACUCGCCCUGAUUGACUCCACCCCUCCACCUGUCCCUCGGGCUCUGCGGUUGGACCGAAUGACACAUACUCACCCGGGGGCAGGCCUUGAUGACCACCGCGAAUAUCGCAGUCUCUCUGCUGACGGUUCCACCACAGCGAGCCAAGAUUCCCUCCACAAAGCCAGCAAAAAGAAAAGCAUUAAGUCCUCCAUAGGUCGCCUCUUUGGCAAAAAGGAAAAGGGAAGGAUCGGUGCACCUGGACGUGAAUCCGCGUCACUGGCCUCCACACCCUCUGAUGACCUGGGUUCAGCUGACCCAUUAGGGCUGGCUAAACUUGGGACCGGAACAGUGGAAAAAGACCGCCGCAGCAAAAAGAAGCACGACUUGUUAGAGGAAGCCUGUCGUCAGGGUCUGCCUUUCGCCUCGUGGGAUGGCCCGACUGUUGUUACAUGGCUUGAGCUGUGGGUGGGCAUGCCAGCGUGGUAUGUGGCAGCGUGCCGGGCCAACGUGAAGAGCGGCGCCAUCAUGGCCAACCUGUCAGACACAGAGAUCCAGAGGGAGAUUGGCAUCAGUAACCCUCUGCACAGGCUCAAACUUCGCCUGGCCAUCCAGGAAAUGGUCUCCCUCACUAGUCCGUCUGCACCUGCAAGCACUCGCUCUUCGACCAGUAACAUUUGGAUGACACAUGCUGAGAUGGAGUCUCUCACUGCUGCCACCAAACCAGAGCAGAAGGAGUUCAGUUGGGAUCAGAUCCUGGCCUAUGGAGACAUGAACCACGAGUGGGUGGGAAAUGAAUGGCUGCCCAGCCUGGGUCUGCCACAGUAUCGCUCCUACUUCAUGGAGUCACUGGUGGAUGCCCGCAUGCUGGACCACCUCACCAAGAAAGAACUGAGAGGCCAGCUGAAGAUGGUGGACAGCUUCCACAGGGUGAGUCUUCACUAUGGUAUCAUGUGCCUGAAGCGCUUGAACUAUGACAGGAAGGAGCUUGAGAGGAGGAGGGAUGAGAGUCAACAUCAAAACCAAGAUGUGAUGGUGUGGUCCAAUGAGCGAGUGAUGUGUUGGGUGCAGUCUAUUGGUCUGAAAGAGUUUGCCGACAACCUAUUAGAAAGUGGCGUCCAUGGAGCCCUCCUGGCACUAGAUGACACUUUUGACUACACUGACCUGGCCCUCCUUCUACAAAUACCAAAUCAGAACACGCAGGCAAGGCAGCUCCUAGAGAAGGAAUACAAUGCUCUCAUCUCCAUGGGAACAGAGAGGAGGCCAGACGAGGAUGGCACGAAAACAUUUACGCGGUCGCCAUCAUGGAGGAAAAUGUUCAGAGAGAAGGACCUCCGCGGUGUGACCUCCGACUCCUCAGAAACAUUACCUGCCAACUUCCGUGCCUCCGCCAUCUCGACCCCCUCUGUCACACUGAGAAAAGUCCAGAGUGAAGUUAACUCUGGUCCAAGAGGGGAGUCGGGGUCCGUGAGAACGUAUUCCUGCUAAAAGAUAAGCACACCAGAACUCCAUCCCGACCUAAAUGGGGGGAAAAAAACACACAUUUUUGAAAAAAACUAAACAAAAAAAAAAAGAAGAACAAAAACACAGAUGGACACUAAAAGAUGACCAACAGCAUUCAAGACGCGUGUCUCGAAAAAAAAAAAAAAAAUCAAAGACCCUGAGUGAAUGAUUAUUGAUGAAAAGAUGAAAAUAAAGUGAUGUGUGAAUGACUGUUUGCCCAUCAGUUUCUCUCUCUUUCUCUCUCUCUCUCUCUCUCUACAUCUUGAUCCAUAGUUGUGGCAUGAUGCUGUUUGACUCUGUAGAAAGUGGCCUGUAGAAAGUGACCAUUGCCUAUCGUGAAUUCAUCUUCUGUUUUUGAGUGUGAGAGAUGGCAAUAUUGACACAAUGAAUUUAUAGUUUUUAACCUGGAAAAAAAAAAAAAAUGCAUUCCUGCUCAGUUCAAGAGACACACACACACAUCCUUUUCAGUUGGUCUGAUUUAGACUGAUAGUAGAACAUACUCCUAGUAACAUCACAGUACAGUACAGUCUGGGGAGAGGGAGGCUUCAAGGAGAGAAUAUGCAGGGGAAUUUAAAUGUAUGUUCUUAAGCCAUAACAGAGACGAGAUGCACAAAUGCGAAAGGGAAAGACAAUGAGAAAUUUAGUGCUUUAUGAUGAAAUUCUGUUCAGACCGGGGAAUACGAGUGUAGCUAGAGAGCAUUUGUGUUAAUAUGCAUGCCAAAAUCUACCAUUUUAGAGUGAGCGUCAUGAUAUCAAUCAUCUAAUGAUGUGAAAGCUUGGGGACUUUGUAAAAUGUGUGUAUUUUAUUUUUAUCAUUUUUUUAUGAUAACUGCUAUUGUAUGUAUGUAUGUACAGUAUGUAUGUAUGUGUGUGUAUUAAACUGUAUGUUCAUUUCAUACUUAGUUUUAAGACUGACUGUAAUUUCAUUUUAGGUUGACAAAGGAAAUAUGUUUUAAAUUAUGGACAUUUAAGAUAUGCUACUUGUAUGUGUACAUUUUGAAAAACAAAUUGUGUUAUGAUUUAAGUUCCUAUUACUGGAGAGUAGUGAUGAUAAUUGAAUAUAAUACGAUAAUAAUAAUGAUAAUGAUUGUAAAAGCUGUAAUUAAAAAACAUACCUGUAACAUGCUA